AUGGUCAGAAUCGAGGAUCAUGAGUAUCUUUGCAACGAGGAAAAGCGUCUUCGCGAGGAUCGCCUGAAGGAGAAGUAUUGGAAGAAAUGGGGUCCGUACGUCGCAGAGCGACAAUGGGCAACCGGUGAGCUUGGCCUCAAUCACUACCCAAGAUUCUUCAGCUAAUUGAACAUCCUCCAGUCCGAGAAGAUUACAGUGCUGAUGGUGAUGCAUGGAGUCGUGAGUACCAUCCAAAAAGCCCAGAUAGCUACCCCGCCAUGAUAUAUUCCUGAUCCAUGCGUACCUAGACUUCACCCACGAUCAUGCGAGAAGCCGUGCUUUUAGAUGGGGAGAAGAUGGUAUCGCAGGUGUAUCAGACACACAUGGCCUCCAGAAUAUUGCCUUUGCUUUCUGGAAUGAGCAGGAGUGAGUGCGAGUCGGGGGAGAUCUAAGGAACAAAACUUGCUGAAUAUUUGAUAGCGAUUUCCUCAAGGAACGGCUCUUUGGACUGUCAAAUCCACAAGGAAAUCAUGGAGAGAGUAUCAAGGAAGCCCAUUUUCACCUGGACAAUACGCCUACAGUAUGCACUCGGGUUGUUUCCGUGCCCGUGGAAUGUGCUAACCUGCUUUGUAGCAUUCAUACAUGAAGAUGCUCUACAAAUAUCCACAGACGAAAUUCCCUUACGAAGAUCUAAUCAAAGAAAAUGCGAGACGUGGAAAAGAGGACCGAGAAUACCAAUUAAUCGAUACAACUGCAUUUGACGAUGAUAAAUACUGGGACAUCGUCAUCGAGACGGCAAAAGAGACAGAGGAUGAAUUAUUAUUCCGAGUCACAGCAUGGAACCGAGGUCCAAAGCCAGCUCCUAUACACAUCAUUCCACAUGUUUGGUUCAGAAACACCUGGGCAUGGGGUCACGAAUCUCCGGACAAAAAGCCCAGUUUGCAUCAAGUAAACAGCUUGGUUGCUCACAGUAAACACCAUAAACUUGGGGAGCGCUAUUUCCAACUUUCUCCUUCUCCUGGCGUUGGACCAAGUGGGACAGACGUAGAGCCAGAACUUAUUUUCACCGAGAACGACACGAACUAUGAGACCUUGUAUGACGGGAAGAACGAACAGCCUUACGUCAAAGACGCUUUUCAUCAGUAUAUUGUGGGAGGCAAGAAGAAGGCAGUUAACCCAAAGAAAACAGGUACUAAAUCUGCGGCGUGGUAUACAUUCAACGAGGGCGGUGGUGUUGCACCAGGCGAGUGUGCUGUAGUACGAUUUAGACUAUCCAAAAAGUAUGAAGAAUACAUGGACGAGGAACUGUUUGAUGACAUUAUCGACAAGCGAAGAGAGGAAGCAGAUGAAUUUUUCUAUCGAAUCAGUCCGCUGCCAAUGGCUGAAGACCUGCGAAAUAUUCAACGACAAGCAUUUGCUGGUAUGAUGUGGACUAAGCAGUAUUAUCACUUUAUCUGGGACCAAUGGGCGAAUGGUGAUCCAGCGCAACCUCCCCCACCACCAGAACGAAAGGCUGUAAGAAAUAGCAAUUGGAAGCAUAUGCAUCUGGAUGAUAUUCUUUCUAUGCCUGAUUCUUGGGAGUAUCCGUUCUUUGCCGCUUGGGAUUCUGCUUUUCAUUGUAUACCUUUGGCUAUGAUCGAUCCAGAUUUCGCCAAGAAGCAAUUGGAUCUGUUCACGAGAGAGUGGUAUAUGCAUCCAAAUGGACAGUUACCAGCAUACGAAUGGAAUUUUGGAGAUGUCAACCCGCCUGUGCAUGCUUGGGCCACUUUCAGAACUUUUAAAAUUGAAAGAAAAUUGUAUGGACGACAGGAUUUGGAUUUCUUGGAAAGGGUCUUUCAGAAAUUGCUCCUCAACUUCACUUGGUGGGUCAACCGAAAGGACGUUGAUGGAAAGAAUGUUUUCGAAGGUGGUUUCUUGGGUCUUGACAACAUUGGAUUGUUCAAUAGAUCAGAGGCGUUGCCCACGGGAGGCGUUCUCGAACAAGCUGACAGUACUGGAUGGAUGGCGUUUUAUUGCUUGUGCAUGUUGAACAUCUCAUUAGAGUUGGCGAAACACCGUCGGAUUUACGAGGAUAUCGCAUCAAAGUUCUUUGAGCACUUUAUGCAUAUUAGUGAUGCAAUGACCUACAAAUCUGGCUCUACAGAGGAGAAGUCACUGUGGAAUGAAGAAGAUGGGUUUUACUACGAUGCCAUCUCUUAUGGUGGACCAUGGACUCAGCAACUUCCAGUCCGAUCCCUGGUCGGACUCAUUCCACUUUAUGCUACACUCACGUUGGAGCCGGAACUUAUCAACAAGUUACCUUCAUUCAAGAAACGAGUCGACUGGUUUAUCGAAAACCGACAUGAUGUCGCGGAAAGAAAUAUGCACAGUAUUCGAAAGAGAGGAAAGGACAACCGAAUCCUGCUUUCGCUUGUAAGCAAGGACCGGUUGGAGAAGAUUUUGAAACGCAUGCUUGAUGAAGAAGAAUUCUUCAGCGAUCAUGGUAUUCGUUCUUUAUCAAAAUUCCAUGACAAAAACCCGUACUCGAUGGAUGUGAACGGACAAGAAUUUAAAGUUGCUUAUGUCCCCGGUGAUUCGGACAGCGGCAUGUUUGGCGGUAACAGCAACUGGAGAGGUCCCAUCUGGCUAUGCGUCAAUUUUCUACUUGUGGAGUCUCUUCAGCGAUUUUACAUGUUUUAUGGACCGUCUUUGCAAGUCGAAUGUCCUACCGGCUCAGGAGAUUUCAUGCAUCUUGGACAUGUCUCGGAAGAGAUUCAACAUCGAUUACAGCACCUCUUCGCUCGAGGAGAUGAUGGACGUAGAGCUAUUAAUGACGGAAAUGAUAUGUUGGAUUUCGAUCCUCAUUGGAGGGAUCAUAUGUGGUUCCAUGAGUUCUUUGAUGGUGAUACUGGGAGAGGGUUAGGUGCUACGCAUCAAUGUGGAUGGACUGGUCUUAUUGCACGAAUGAUCCACGAUACUGGGUAAGUUACUCUAUUUUUACCUUUCCCCCUUGUCUUUAUAUCUAAAUCAAACUUACCAUAACAGCAUCUCAUGCCGCCUCCCUCAAACUCCACGUACCCCAUCAACAGGAAUGAACCACUACUUCGACGAUGUGUUCACCCGACAUAUCAAUCAUCCCAAAGAUGGCGGAAGACCCAGACCGCGUCGGUCCUCCACAGCACGUUCCAUGGGUGCGAGGUCUGACUUUGAUACCUCUGUUGAUGGGGAUGAUGUACGUUCGGUGGUUACGGAAACGGAGGAACAUCGCAAGGAGAGAUUGGCGGCGGAUGAACAUACGGCGCAUUAUGUGAGUGAGCAGUUGAGCCGGGUGAGGAGUAAUCAGAGUGUGGAGUUUGUUGGGGAGGAUGAGUUUGAGGCACAGCUUGAUGGGGUGGAUGGUCAU